AUGCUCACGCUCCGGCCGCUCCACCCGCCAGGCGCCGAGGCGCUUGUGGGCCUUGCUUGCCUGCUGGCGGUGUCGCUCCACGAGCGCUUCAAGGCGGUCUGGCGGCAGAGCUGGUAUCCUGAGAGGGACGGGAGCACAUGGGUCACCGCGCGCACCCAGUGCUCCGAGUCCGACGGCGCCCUCUACGACGCGCACAUCCGGGCGGUGAAGCUGCAGGCCAAGACCACAGGCAAGGCGGAGGUGGACCUGUUUCACAACUUGUGCUGGGGGCACGGGAAGGUGGCCCUCGGCAGGUAUCCGCCCGAGCUUGACGGCGCGGAUGCCGCGAAUCUCGCGUUUCUGCUUUUCGCCGACGCCGAGAGGGGACGAACGGGCCGCCCAAGGGGAAUGCAGAGAGCGGCGCUCCGUAGUGCGGGCCGGCGCGGCGCCGCGGCGGCGCGUCGCGGCACUGCGAGGCGACCGCUGUCGACCAAGACCGCGCCGCACCCCUUCGAAUCCUUCCUCUCGGGCACCUCCUCCAACUACGUCGAGGAGAUGUACGCCGCAUACAAGGCGUCCCCGGAGUCGGUGCACGUGUCGUGGCGGUCCGUGUUUGCGGCGAUGGACAAGGGCGUCCCUGCGGGCGCCAUCUUCACGCCUCCUCCCACCAUCAACGCCGGCGCAACCCUAACGUCUGCGGCCGUCGCUCCCGCGGACGCUGCUGCAGCGCAGGACCACGUCAAGGUGAUGCAGCUGGUGCAGGCCUUCCAGAGCCGCGGGCACAACAUCUGCGACCUGGAUCCGCUCGGCAUGUACGACGCCGACCUCGACGGCUCGAUGCCGCCCGAGCUCGAGCU